ACGUUCGCUAUCGGAUUUUUGGAAGCGGUCGAUGCCCGCGCAUUUAAUCUGAUGGGACUCGUGGAACUGGAGCCGAUUCGUGCGUGAAUCAGUAGGUGCGCGGUACUGGUGUGGUGGCGACAUCAAGCUCGAUUUAAAGUUAGCAGCUUUAUGAUUUCACCGUGAGUUGAAUCGUAGCAAGCUGUUAUGUGUGCGGGGGUGGAUGUUGGCAAUGUACAAUUGGAGAUUAUCACGAGGUGACGUAGAGUUGUGGUUGGGAUUGAGCGUGGGAGAGUAGCGGUCAGCUGCUGUGACGCUGGUGUGGAGUGGUGGCUGUCGUGAGACUUUGGUUUUGUAGGGGGGAAGAGGAUGGGUGAAAUUUGGAAAAGCUUCAGGGUUGGACAUGGACAUGAAGAUGAAUUUAGGGUUUACGGUUUCAAGUUUGCUACGUAGCGGUGGCAUUCUUCGCAUAGGUGGAGUACUUGAGGAAUGGAAGUUGGAUUUGGCGUGAGUUUGUUUUCUGUGAGUGUGCCUCUUGAGUUGGGAAGUCUACAUGCGGUUUUUUUGUCGGAAAGUGACUAAAAAUGGACUACGGAGUUAUCCAACUAUUGAAUGCUUUACAUGAUGAUCAAUGAUCUGGCGAUGCAUCUCCGAAGCCGACAAGCGUCCCGCAGUUUAGAUAAAUUAUCAAUUUCGUAGGGUUGAUUCCAGGGUAAGAAUACAAUGGGAACUUUGACGGAUCCUACAGUAGACCCGGCCGACCCCCAUGUUAAAGCAGACGAUGGGGCGGGUUUAAUAGACGCAGGACAGGUGCAUCCUGAGCGGUUGGAGACACUCGCCGAAGACCAAAGUCAACGUGAUGGAGCCAAUGGUGUUCACUUUCCAGUUAAGACUAAUACAGGAAAUGCGGCGGAGUCGACAGCUUCUACAGAAAAUGGUGAGACAGGGUCGAUUGAUGUGGGAAAAUUACGUACGAAACCAUCUCCCGUCCAAACCCAUAUCCACCGUGGUGGAAGCGAAGGUCUCUAUCGUGGAGCAAGCGGAGGUAUUUAUCGCAGUGCAAGUGGAAGUACUCACAUCCACCGUGGUGCAAGUGGAGGAAUUCUUCGUGGCCAAAGUGGAGGUAUCCACCGCGGUAGAAGCGGAGCUAUUCACCUUCCAAGCCUCCAGAGUAUCUCUUUCUCAAUGACUCGGUUACCAGAGGAGGACGCAGGAGUGAUGAUGCACUUCACCGAGACGAAAGAAACGGAAACUACGCCCGAAUCUUCAAGAGCAAGCGAUGAAGAUGCCCCAACUCCUAAGAAAAAACACCGUCUAAGGAAACAUUUGACUGCAAUUGGAGCAUACAGUUUUGCAUUCCGCUUCUCGGAGACUGUACUUUCUCUCAUUGCCAUUGUGGUUAUGUGUUCCACUCGUGGAUCCAUGCGGACUGAUGGGGUAGACUUCGGCACUUUGAAGUUCAAUCAUUUUCAGGCUUACAGAUAUUUAGUUGCUGUAAACGUUAUUGUCUUCGUCUACUCAACUUUUCAGUUUAUACAACUGUUGUAUACUGUGAUUCUGGGCAUUUCCUUCAUUCCGUCCAUUUUUAUCAGCACUUGGAUGACUUUUGGUUUUGAUCAGUUAUUUUUAUAUCUCUUAUUGUCGGCAAGCACCUCGGCAGCGACAGUGGCAAAUAUGUCGUAUACUGGAGAGAUGGGCAUUCAACUAUGUUCACGCUUUGAUGUUGGUUCCUUUUGCUCAAAGGCGGACGUUGCUGUAACCAUGAGCUUUUUCGCUGUCCUAGCGAUGCUUUCUUCCACCAUCCUUGCAAUAUAUCGCAUCGCUGUAUUAUUGAGGGAAUAUUGAUGAGCACAGAUUUGUGCGGUGAUUCGUUGUUGUGCGUUGUAAAUACAUUUCUCUUCAAAAUGUAUUGUUCUGCACGGAACAUUGCUUGAUUAAACAUUGUGUGUAAAAGCCAUUUGAAAAUUGAAUGCUCCACAGUAGAGAUAGAACGUGCCUGAUCUGUCCGAAAUCAAGUACAUUUAAGUGAAUAAACAUUUCAUUUAUUUACGUUGCUUUGGACGUAAAAUGGAAGCACGUGGGCCUAGGGUUAGAUCCCGCUCUUAGUAAUGGUGAUUUUGACUUGAAAGAUAGUGAGGAAUGAAGAGGCACUGUAAAUUCCUUGGCACCAGUAGAUGGACUUGAGACGGUGUUUCGCAGUCAACAGUUAGUGAAAAAUUCUAACUCGUACAAUUAUUCCCAUACCCCCUCAGAAACAUGUUUGUCAAGUAAACAUCAUUAAAUACUGAUCUGCGAACUGCUGCAGUUUUGGAUACAGCGUUGGCAAGGACUAUAUUGUGAUGAAACGUAACAACUGCCUGUCAAUAAUUUUGACACGUGCUACCUUCCGAGUAAUCAAAAUCACCACUGCUCAGGGCGAGAGCUCUACAUCUGGACCCAUGAGAAUUCCCAGAAUAUGCUCAAGGUAUUUCUGCACUAUUCGUUGAACUGUGACUGAGUCGGUUGAUAAAUUUAGUUAAAUCUCGUUAACUUGUCCAUAAGGAUCAUCUAUACAGGUACUUUCUUCACAUACAUUCUCCCGAACAUAACUAACCAAAUAACUCGCAACUUGUUGCAUGUUUUCUGGGGGCUUUCUGACCAUUUGUCAAAGAUGCAGUGCACAUUCUGCAUUGGCCAGCAUGGUAGUCAUCUUCUAUACUCGUGUCACGAAGGGAUAUUGAGUGUGCACUGCUGGCAUGCAUUGAAGAGGGUUCUAAACUGACUCAUGCUGUGUUUCCUGUUUGGAAAACGACCACGGUGCGAUUCAGUCUUCCUGGUCCAUCAUUUUCAUUGUUGAACUGUUUCCCACAAGUGGGUGUCUCUGAAUGCUUCAGAAUAGGGAGGAGAGUAUUUAAUACUAAAGGGGUAUUUAAACAUAAAAGCCCACUUUGAAAAGUCAUGGUAUAUAAAAUUUGCAUAGGUUCUUUGCUUAGCCAAGAAAAGUUAUUCUUUGGUAUUGGUAAUUUAUGGAGACAGUACGAAGUGAGAGAAGGUCACUACUUGGAUCAUGUUAUGAUUUUGUUGUGAUUUUACUCACGACAUCUUAAAUUUGGAUCGUGGAGAUAAUUAUAAAUGGGAAAAGUUUGUUAUAAAACAAAUUCUAGUU